UCCUUUCGUUUCGUCAUGUCUUGGGAAGACCAGGGAGGGCCAAGAAACGGCGGGCGAGCUUUGUGGAGUCCUCCAGGGAAAAAGGCUCGCCCGGCCGAUUUUGAUUUGAUCUUAAAAUGCUUCAAGUUCACGGACCUUUUUAACAGACAGUCCAGUCUGUCCUCUUCGCCUUCCUCUGAAACAACUAGCAACCCUGGGAUGCAUCCCGAGGACAUGGACGGCCAAGUGAGUGGAGCGGGUCGUCGUCCCAUCUUCAGCAACGAGAAGGUCAUCAAUGACUGCAUCCACGGGUCAAUCCAGCUUCCUCCCGCGAUUCUGGCAAUUGUGGACACGCCUCAAUUCCAGCGUUUACGGUACAUCAAGCAAACCGGGACGUGUCACCUGGUUUUUCCAAAUGCCACCCACAAUCGCUUUCAACAUUCUAUUGGGGUUGGUCAUCUCGCCAGAAAGUUCGCCGAAGAACUCCGAAGACGUCAUCAGGAUUGGAUGGACGAAAAGGAUAUUCUUUGCGUGAUGAUGGCGGGUGUAUGUCACGACCUGGGACACGGUCCAUUUUCUCAUCUCUGGGAGCAAUUCGUCAAGGAAGCGGGCCAAAAAGAGUUUCAUCACGAAGACUUAUCCAUAGCCAUGUUUAAUCAUUUGAUCGAAGAAAACAACCUUCGGCCCAAGUUGAAAGAAUUGGGCGAUUUGAAUGAAGACGAUCUCCUCUUUGUGAAAGAACAGAUUGCUGGUCCAAUCUGCAAAGAAACUGGUCUUCCUGAUCACCGUGCUUCCCAUGAAAGUUGGCCUUAUCGUGGACGAGACGAAUCCAAAUCCUUUCUUUACGAAAUCGUGGCGAAUAAAGAGACAGGCAUUGAUGUCGACAAGUGGGAUUACUUUCUUCGCGAUGAUCACUACUUAAAAAUUGGCCACUUGUUUGAUCACCAACGCUUUAUUUCGUAUUCGAAAGUGCUCGAAGUGGAUCCCGGAAAUGGAACGUCUCGGAGACGAAUUUGUCUUCGAAACAAAGAGGAAACAAAUCUUUUGGAGAUGUGCAGUGAUCGGGCUCGACUUCAUUCAUUGGGAUACCAGCACCGAGUUUCCAAGGUUGCCGAUAGAAUGUUGAAAGACGCGUGGUUAAGCGCAAAAGAUCACAUUCAAGUUAAAGGCAAGGACGGUCAAGUCCACAAUCUGGUCACGGCUUCCACCGCCAUGGACAUGGUGGCUCAUUGCAGAUUGACGGACGAAUAUGUCUACUUCAAGAUCAUGGAGGACGCCAAUCCCAAGCUAAAAGACGCCCAAGCCAUGCUAAACCGUAUAGAAAGACGCGACUUCUAUUUGGACGUAUUCGAAUUAAACACCAAGGAUUUUCCGGUGCUUCACAAUAAGACGGAAAAAGAAGUAAAACAGAUGCUGUUUGAAUAUACGACCAAGUUUGGAUCGGGAGACGAUGCAGGUGAAACAAAGUCACUUGAUCUGGACCAGAUCGUGGUUUUGAAGAAAGUGGUGUCAACUGGGACAAAGACGAAAAAGGCAUUCUUUUACCGCAAAGAUACGACGAUAUUUACAAAGGAUAUCAACACUCUACGUGUCAAUGCCUUGGAGCAGGAGAGCUUUUUCAUUUGCUGUAAAGAUCGGUCUUUGGGUGAUAUAACCAAGAAAUUUGCGAUGGCCUGGAGUACGUCUUUGAGGCAAAAGAACGGUCAUAUUCCGUAGUGAACCGUGUCCGCAAGGAGACUAUAUUUUGUACUUUUAGAUAAUUUUGAUACCUAACCUAUUUUGUGAUACGAUGAUACGGUCUUUCCAAGAAAAAUGAUGAAACAAGCGUAAAAUAAAUCCGAGACUAUGAA